AUAUAACCACCGCCAUACCCCCGAGCUUCUUCCAUUUACACAACGAAAAACCUCAAACCCUAGCCCUUUAAUCGCGCAAGAUCUGCAUCACUAUUUGUCUAUAAUCCACUAAUGGGUUCUAAGAGGUCCGAUUUCGGCGAUGGUGCUAGCCCUGGGAAGAUUUUCAUCGGGGGUCUUGCGAAAGACACCACCUUAGAUACGUUUGUUAAGUACUUCGGAAAGUAUGGAGCUAUUACGGACUCUGUAAUCAUGAAAGAUCGGCAAACGGGUCGGCCGAGGGGUUUCGGUUUCAUCACUUAUGCUGAUCCCUCUGUUGUUGACACUGUUAUCGCUGAAACCCAUGUCAUUAACGGCAAACAAGUUGAAAUCAAAAGAACCAUCCCAAAAGGAGCUGCUGAAUCCAAGGAUUUUAAAACAAAGAAGAUUUUUGUUGGUGGGAUUCCUACUUCUGUCACUGAAGAUGAAUUCAAGAAUUUCUUCUCCAAUUAUGGUAAAGUGGUCGAGCAUGAGAUUAUUCGGGAUCACGUGACGCAGAGGUCUCGCGGCUUUGGAUUCAUUGUGUUCGACAAUGAACAAGUGGUUGACAAUCUGCUCACUGAUGGGAAUAUGAUUGAUAUGAAUGGAACCCAGGUUGAGAUCAAGAAGGCUGAACCAAAGAAACCCUCAAACCCAACACUUGCUUCUGCACCCAGUAGUGAUUCUAGGGGCCGUUCAUUUGGCGAUAGGUUUGGUGGAUUCGGCAGUUCUUAUAGCAGUUUUGGCAGUGGUAGCCAUGGCCCUGCUGCUGCUUAUAGGUCACUGGGAUCAGGUCUUGGUGGUAGGUUUGCCGACUAUAGUGGAUAUGGUGGCGAAGGUGAAUUUGGUGGUCGCUAUGGGGAUUUUACCCGUAGUGAUUUUGGUUAUCGAGGAGAUGGCCCCCUGGGCUAUUCUAGUCGGUUUGGUUCUUACGGUGGAGGCUUUGGUGGGGGGUAUGGAAGUGGGUUAGGUGCCUAUGGCCGCGGAGGUGGUUAUGGGAGCUAUGGGGCUGGUCCAGGUUCUGGAUAUGAUUCUGGCCCCGGUGCAGGAUAUGAUUCUGGCCCUAGUGCUGGUUAUAGUGGACCAGGAGGAUUGUAUGGAAGUAGGGCAGGCUAUAGUGGCAGUAGUCGUUAUCAUCCCUAUGCCAGGUAGAUGUUUGCUUAAGCUCUUUCCUGUAGGAGUUUUCUCGUCUUGGUUUUUGCAUCUCAUGGAUCAGAGUCGACUAGAUAUUGAAUCUGAUAGCAAGAAGACAAUACUUAGAAGAUCAGACGAACUUUAGUCCGUUUCUCUUUGUGUGCCUAGUUUGUUUCUGAUUCUGUAGAUCAGAGAACCUUGUUGAGAUGAUUCUAUUUAGAUGUUUGUUCUGUUUCUCGAGUGAAGACAUCUUAUACUGUAAGAUUUAUGUUUUAGUUUAGAAUGAGACUCUGCUUUUCAUAAAGAUUUUCCCAUAGAUUCUCGUUUC